CACAGAAUCCACAGAUGGCUGACCUCCCACUCUGUAGGUUACGCCUCUUCAAACCACCAUUCUACUCCACCGGCGUAGACUGCUUUGGGCCCUUUCAUGUAAAGAUAGGCCGGCGCCAAGAAAAGAGAUGGGGGAUUUUAUACAAGUGUUUAACAACCAGAUGUUUACAUCUUGAUCUCCUUGAACACUUGGACACUGAUGCCUUCCUCCUUUCUUUACGACGCUUUAUAGCCCGUAGAGGGAAGCCUUUCGAGUUAUUAUGUGACAAUGGCACAAACUUCACUGGAGGCGAUCAUGAGUUAAAGGACAGUUUUGGUCAAAUGGCUCCUGAACUUCAGACACAGCUGGCUAAACAGCAGAUCCAGUUUCGCUAUAACCCACCGAGUGCCCCUCACUUCGGCGGAACAUGGGAGCGAGAAGUGAAAUCAAUUAAGGCUGCCUUGCGAGUCAUUCUACGAGAACAAUCUGUGACUGAAUCUGUCCUGCAAACACUACUAGUGGAGGUUGAGGGCAUACUCAACUCCAAGCCGCUUGGCUAUGUCUCAUCAGACAUUGCAGACCUGGAUCCCGUGACUCCAAACAUGUUACUCAUGGGACGCCGUGAUGCUUCAUUGCCACAAGUCCUUUAUGACUCCUGUGAGCUCUUGGGGAAACGCAGGUGGUGACAUAGCCAGGUAUUGGCUGAUCAGUUCUGGACCACUUUCAUCCGCUGCUACUUACCAGAACUACAGGGCAGACAGAAGUGGAGACUGGAUGGCAAAGAGUUGGCAGUGGGACAUGUGGUCCUCCUAAUUGAUCAUCAACUCCCACGAGCUCUGUGGCCUGUGGGUACUGUGGCAGAGACCUAUGCAGGGCCCGAUGGGAAGGUUCGGACGGCCAAAGUCCAAGUCAGAGACAAGAUGUACACACGCCCUGUUGUGAAACUAAUUCAACUCCCCCAAAUGACAGAUGAUGAUACAAACCCUCCGGACGGACUUUCUUAACAAAUACAAUUAUCCUGACAGAUAAUUGGGGGCGGCUGUGUCAGAAAGCCCGCGCCGGAACGGAAAAUACACAACGGUUUCUGACGGACUGAUAUGAGAGUUGCUACUUCCAUCAGACUGAUGAGAGAGCCAGCUCCAGCCGCGCUCUUCCCGAUAUUGUUCAGUGUUGUGCGUUCAUGCAAAAUUACCACAACACAACUUUCCAUAACUCCACACAAUUAUAUUGUAAAUGGAUAUUACUGACUGCCUGACAAGUGCUAUUAAAGAGAAGUUUGAAGAGGAUAUACUUCUCCUGUGCCUGAUUCUCUUAUCGGAAUCAUUGUCCAUAUUUGUCCGCCAUCAGAUCCAUGAUUUAAAAUAGAUGUUGGGAAGUGCUUC